GCAUCUCCCCCUCACUCGUUUCGCUCUACCCAAUCAACAUUCCGUAUCUGUCUCCACAACAGAAAAUACAUAAAACGAUCUUUUCUCAUCAACGCUCUCUUCGAACCCUAACCCUAAUUUCCCAUGGCUGAGGAAGAGAUUGUGGCUGCGCCAAGCCCUGUCCCGCUGGAUCAUAAGAGAAAGCAUGAAGAGUUGGAGCCGGGAGCUCCAAAACCGCCCGCCGCCGACUCAGACGAGGACGCGAGCCAGGAGAAACCCGAACCGGUCGAGAAUGCUGAUGAGGGCGAGGGUAAGGAGGAGGCGCCUGUUGCCGAUGAUGAUUCCGACGAGUCCGAAGCGAAACGGCCUCGUUUGGAGCAGAACUCCGAUGGAUUAGUAGUUACUGAGAAUGGGGUGGAGAAGAUUGACAAGCCUGUGGAUAAGGAAGCUGAUCAGCCUACUGAAGAGAAUAAGAGCAAGAUUGAAAUUGAUCAGCAACCAGCUGAGGAUGAUCCAGAAACGGUGAAUAUGGAGGAAGCUCCUGCUGGCGAACACCAGAAAGAGGAGAUCCAGCAAUCAUCUACUGAGAAUCAGAUUGACAAUUCACAGCCCCUCCCGCCAGCAGAGGUGCUCAAGGAAUCCUCAGUAGAACAAGAACCUGUAUCAGAUGGAAAACCCACGUCAAGGAAGAUGGAGGUUCCUAAUACAAAGGUUGGAGUUCUCAUUGGCAAGGCUGGGGAUACAAUUCGGUUUCUGCAAAUCAAUUCGGGUGCCAAGAUUCAGAUUACUAGAGAUGUUGAUGCUGAUCCUUCUUCGUCCUCUAGGGCUGUGGAACUAAUAGGAACUUUGGAAAGCAUAAGCAAAGCUGAGAAACUUAUAAAAGACGUUAUAGCUGAGGCUGAGGCUGGGGGGUCCCCUGCCCUUGUGGCCAGGGGGUUCAAUUCUGUGCAGGCUGCUGGAGCUGCAGAACAAAUUCUUAUGCAAGUUCCAAAUGAGAAGGUUGGUCUAAUCAUAGGCAAAGGUGGUGAGACUAUUAAAAGCCUACAGACAAGAUCAGGGGCACGCAUUCAGGUAUUAAUGCCUCAACAUGUUGCUGAAGGGGAGCAAUGUAAAGAAAGGACAGUUCGUGUCUCUGGUGAUAAGAAGCAGAUUGAGAUAGCACGAGACAUGAUAAAAGAAGUUAUGAGUCAGCCUGCGAGGCCAUCUCUUUCUGGCGGUUAUAAUCAGCAGGUGUUUCGUCCACGUGGACCUGCUGGUCAGCCACAAUGGGGACCCCGAGGUUAUCCUGCACAAGCUGGCUAUGAUUACCAGCAGAGGGGGCCAUAUCAAUCUCAGAAUUCACAAUAUCCUCCUCAAGCAUAUGGUAAUUAUCCACCCCAACAAGUGGCUGCAAGAGGCAGCUUUGGUCCAGGAUGGGAGCAAAGGCCUUCAUCGAUGAUGCAAGGAGCCACACCCCAGAGCGGUGGUUAUGACUAUUAUGGCGGGCAGGGUCAUAUGUCUGGUGCUCCAACAUCCAUCCCACUAUCUAAUCCUGUUCCUGCCCAUGGUUCUGGUCCUUCCACUGCUAUGGGCCCACAUUCGCAUGCAAAUUACAAUUAUGGGCAACCACAUGCUCCGGAGUAUGGGCAGCCAGCUCCAUACUCCCAAUCUGGACCUCCUCCACAGGGCUAUGUCCAUGGAUACAAUGAGACAAAAUAUGAAAAUCAGGCGGCCAGUCAUCCUCCUUACAGUGGAUAUGGAGGUUCACAACCAGGGGUCUACCCUCAAGGAACACAUCCAGGCUAUGCUCAGGACCAGUAUGGUAAGCCACCAUCUUAUGGCAUGCCGCCACUUGGACCUCCUUCCCAACAUUAUGGCCAGCCUCGGGCUAGUCAACCAGGUGAUAUACUGUAUCAAGGUCCUGUCUCGUCAACCCAGCCUUAUGGUCAAACUGCACCAUCUCAACAGGGGUACCCAUAUUCAAGUGGGCCAAUGCAGCAGCAAUCUUACCCUCCAUAUGGUUCAUCUACUACUGAUGGGUACAAUCAGAUGCAGCCUCCCUCGGGUUCUGCCCCAGUAUAUCCCCAGCAAGGCGGUCAGCCUAUUUCAGGAUAUGGUCAGCCUGGGGGACCGCAGGCUCUUGGAUAUGCUCAAGGAGGUCCUACUGGAGGUUAUAUGUCUUCUUACCCAUCUUCACAACCAGGUUACACUGAGCAGCCAGCACCUCAAAAUAAUUUAGGCUAUGGCUACCAAGGUGCUGCAGACCCUGGCUAUGUCAGUGCUCCUGGUUCGGCUUAUGGUGCACCACCGACCGGGCAAGCUGGUUAUGCUCAACCAGCUCAAACACAACCAGGCUAUGAUCAAUCUGUUCCACAGUCAGGUGGUUAUGGAAAUGUAGCAGGAGGUGCGCCUGUCGGUCAUGGGAAAAGUUUGUCACCCCAAUCAGGCUAUCCCCAGUAUGAUUCAACUCAGAUGUAUGGAGCCCAGCGCUGAAAUUUUUGAAAUUGACCUUAGGAUAAGUUGGAGCAGAAAAAAUAGGUUUUUUGUUUCCAUCGGAAGUUGUAGUUUGCAUUGGCGAAGUGUUACUUUUACUAGGGAACUAUUGAGCAUGCAAUUAGAAAAUAUUGUUAAGCUGAAAAUUGUUUAUGAACCUCCUCAGGUUGUACUGGGCUGAAUGUCCCUGCAUUUGGGUCGAGAGAGAUUAUGAGGUAUGAAUGACCCACAUGAAUUUAGGUAUUGAAUUGCAGGGUAUGUGAGAGAUUUCCAUGGAA